AGGAUAACAGUUUCCAAGAACCUAAUUCCGGUCGUAGGGAUCGCUCGAAAGCAAACCUAUCGCGUCGUCCGCCAAUAAUAUAGAUCACGUUUGUUGUUGCUAUCGAGCCGAGAGAAACCUAACCUUCGUAUUCGGUGGAGGCCCCCCCGAGCACGAUCGCGGCGAGACGGUGUCCGGGAUCGUGGGAUCAUCUGUGGCCGCGCAUGAUCAGACGUGAGCAAAUUUUUCUGUGUCAGAAAAAUCCUGUCGCUGUGUGUAUGCCUUUAAAACGAUACACUGUUAUCUGUGAAAGCGUCGCGAAACAUAAACAAACUCUGUCGGGGGCACGCUGUCGUCGCGUCCCGAGUUCUCGCGUUAUUUAUAAUCCGUGCUAUCUAACCGCGUCCAGUAGCAUGACCGUCCGCAACAGGAUUUGUUUUCCUGCGACCGAUCGUCAUCAGUUGUUCCCUGUGCUCGCGACGACAAUGCGUCGUCGGCUCCACGGCCCUGUUUCUCGUUUCACCCGUUAUGCCGCUCGGCUGUUCUAAACGAUCACGGAUUCGAUCGUCUCGCCGACGAUAAUGGAAGGAGGACCGGGCCGCACGGCGAGGAACCCACUGUGCCGCGAUAAACUGUUAUUUACAUGCAGCUAAAGUCGACGAGUAUAAACAUGGCCGUCGCACUUUCUGUUGAUCACUCGUGUCGGUGCGGGACCGAGGAAGCCCAGCCGGGCACGGAAUAAUGGACGGGACCCGUGCACGACAGAUAUUAUAUCCAGCUUCGAUUAUUUCGUCGGACAUGGGUGAACGAAUUUUCGGGCAUUGAGAAUAUCAAUAUUAUCCGUUUAAAAGACGCUUCCGAAUCAAUGCAGAGCACUUUCUAGGCUGUUGUCUCUGGGUGAGCAAUGAAUGUAUUCCGAAUUUUGACUCCAUGUGUAUUGCAACGCAGACGACCAAAGGAGGCACAUAAUUCCGAUAAAAGGGAUUGCUGGUUUGUGAAAAGACGGCGGGGAGAUGCUUCCUACAUGAUACAUAGGAUGGGUGCUUCUGCAUCGUCAAGCAUCACCAGUGUAGGUGGAGAUUCAGUCCAGGCAGCUAGACUCUCAUCUUCUGCUAAUCCCGAUCAACAUGGCAUUGCUAUCAGGGAAAAGAAGAGGAAAAUGACGGGGUUCGCGACGCUGAGAAAGAAGUUCAUUCGAAGACGCAGGUCUUCGAAGGCCUGCGACCAUGGCAGAAUAAUCAGAGAUUUGGUGUCGACGUGGAGCCACCUGGAGGCGACGGCUCUUCUGGAAGAGUACGAGGCCUUGGCUGCGUUGAAAGACCUCCAUGUUCAAGCUGAACUAGCUAGGCCACCGGCAGCAACGUACAAACAAGACUUGUCCAUGUUAUACGAUUACAAACACUGCUCCGACGUGGAUCUCGUUUACCGCGGAGCCUGUUUUCCCGUUCACAGAGCUCUGUUGUCCGCGCGUUGUCCGUACUUCAGGGACUUGCUAGCUGGCUGUCCAGGGUACGGUGCCAGGAUAUGCUUGGAGCUGAGAACACCGAACCUCGAGGUUCAAAUGUUUUCGGCCCUGUUGCGUUACCUCUACACCGGCGACAUUUGCCCCCACGACGCGGCCCUGGAGGCGAAUCUUCUGCGGCGCUUAGGGGAGGAAUUCGGCACGCCGAACCCGUUGGAACACGAUCUCAGAUAUUUGCUGGACACCGGUGAUUACGCGGACGCCGCACUAGUGUUCACGUCGGACAGUGAUUAUCAGAGACCGGAUAGUGGAAGUUCCGAAUACGGAUUCCGGCCAAAGUUAGAACUGCCAUGUCAUAAAGCGAUACUUUCUGCGAGAUCUCCGUUCUUCAGGAACUUAAUACAAAGACGGACUAGAUCGGGGGAAGAUCACACAGAAAGGGCGCUUCAUAUACCUACUAGAAUAGUUUUGGACGAGAGUGUAAUUCCCAAACGAUAUGCCAGAGUAUUAUUACAUGCAGUGUAUUUAGAUACCGUUGAUUUGUCGUUAAUUAUGAGAGGUAAUGGUUGCGGAAACAGCGCCGGUAGUCUUGGAGAGGUUCAAGCUCUCACUCAUACUGGACGUGUUCGACCAAGUCCUUUGGAGGAAGCAAUGGAAUUGUACCAAAUCGGCAGAUUUUUGGAGUUAGAUAUACUGUCACAGGGUUGUGAAGAUCUUAUUUUAGAAUACCUUACAUUGGAAUCGCUUCCAGCUGUACUGAAAUGGGGUAGCCAGCCUCACGGAUCCGCAUGGGUACACCGACAAGCGUUGCAUUACCUGAGAGAGGAAUUCCAGCCGGUCGCCUCUUCUUCCAUCCUGCAUCAGUUGGAUCAUGCACACUUGGCGAACGUUUUGCAAAGCCAUUUUUUGCAAGCCAGCGAGCUUGAAAUACUGCAGGCAGUACUCAAGUGGGGGGAACAAGAAUUGGUGCGCCGUAUGGAAGACAGAGAGCCUAAUUUACUUAGCCAUACAGUGCACUCCGUGACAAGAAAGGGGCUGAAGAAACGGGACCUAAGCGACAUAGAAUUACGAGAGAUACUCAGCGAACUUUUACCUCUUGUCAGGAUGGAUCAUAUAUUACCGCCUAACAGUGAAGCACUGACACAGGCUAUUAGGAGGGGGUUGGUAUCAACACCGCCGAGUCACAUGAUAGGGGAUGAAAGGGAGAACCUUCGAAUGAACGCUUGGAUAAGGGGCGGGAAGAAGAAUGGAUUUUUUGUAAGGCCGAGACUGUUUAUGCCGUAUUACGAGGAAAUCAAGUCUUUAGUUGAGGAACAGAUGGUCCAAGAAGCAGAUUUAGUGAGAUUACGAAGGCCACGAUACGUUGCCGAUAUUCCCGAUGCCUUGUACAUGGUUGACGAGAAACCCAGACCAAUUGGCACGGCCGGCGUAGAUGUCCUCGCUGCCGCGUUUCCAGUUCCAGAUUCAGUAACCUUGGCAGCUAUGAUGAAACGUGAGCAGAAAUUGAGGCAGUCUCCCAGUUGUCAGAGGGCUAUCAAUUUACCGCUGUCGUCGCGGCACGAGAUCAACAGGCAGGUGCGGCUACGCGUUGUCAGGGAGUUCAACUUACCCGACACGGUGGCGGAUCUGUUGGAGUCCGGUUUUGUUUCGCAGAACACGGCCGCGUACAACGUGAAGGAGCAGAACGAGAGGCUGACUGACAUCGAGGACAUGGAUUCGCCCGGCAUGGGCAUCAACGCUAGAACAGCACCGCCAUUGUGCUACGGAAGGAACAUGACGUUCCCUAGGCCGGCUUCGUCCUGCGCGCACAGACACGAGCUUCCAGCUAUAGUGACCGAGGGUGAAAGCUGCAGACUUCUUGCCGAGCAACAAGAGAGCAACUCGUGCAGCGACGGCCAGCUGUCCGGCGUGAUGCCGGACGUGGCGAUGGCGACGGCUUCCUUCGGCGCGUUGCAGCUGAUCGAGGAGCAGGAGCUGGAGCUGGACUUAGGGGAUGGAACGUCCCACCUGCUUCAGCACGUGUCGCCGUCCGGCGGCACCAUGGGCUCGCACAGGUCCUCGCUGCCCCAUCAGCAUCAGAGGCACUACUCCGGCCCCCCUCCACCACCGUACAUGUACCACCGUGCUGGCACUGCCUUACCAAGAUAUAUUUAAGAUUUCUAUCGGGAUAAGAGGAUGUGUAUAGUAAUGUCGACUUUUCGGACCCUUCGAUUAGGAGCUCCUUUCCCGAACGGAAGUAGACUCUCGCCCCCCUCCUCCCCCGGAAAGGUGUGCCCUUCGUGUGCCGCCAUGGUCGCUCUGCGGACACGCGACCCUUACGAACGGCUCCACGGUGGCGAAGCGUCGACGAACCGCCGCGGUCUCAUCCCUUGCGCAGAGCGUUUGCUUCGGUUUUGCUUUGUCCGAGGACCUUGCUCGGCCGCGAAGCCGCGCCUCUCGCGGCCGGCACGUUCGUCCGCGGUGGCUGGACGAUUCGCGGUUAGGCUUCCCCUUCGUAAUUAGCGACGAUACUUUAAUGUUCAGACCAACCGACGCCGCGGUAUACUUGUAUUCGUCGUAGCUGGGCCCGCGGAUCUUCGAGCGUCUCCGGAUCCCGCGAAUCUCGAACGUUCGGGAAGCGUGAUCGAAGCUUAAAAAGUUGUGUCGUUCGUUUCUGCCGCAACGACGUCGUCGACACGGAACCGAGGACGUUCGACGCGUUCACCGCGACUUUUCUGUACGACGUUAUUUGUAUCCAUCGUUGCUCAAUCUUCUCCGGUCUUGUUUCGUCGAAACGCGGCUGCGCGAAUCAUUUCUGGCACUCAAAGGCGAUUGGCGGACCGCGGAUCUAGUUGCAAGAAGUAGACACACCCGGUAGAAAGUUAUUCCGUUCUUCAGUAAUUUUAUUAGUGCGAAGAUAAUACGUUGGCAUUGUUAAUAUAUUCGUUCGGUGUGUCCGGCAUUGUGAUUCGCACGAGCUCGAUUUUCUCGUGAAUGCAUUGAAACUGCAGUCUAGUUAGUAGAUUCGAGUCGACUCGAAGUAAAAAUCGUUGUUAAGACGUUAUGCAGCGUGUUUGUAUGUCAAGUAUUUUCAUUUAUACACGGUAUCCGAAAAUUAUGGCAUUUCCUUGAAACGAGGGCUUCCCGAGAUCAUUC